UGCAUGGAGCCUUUAACCUGGGGCACAGAGCAGCAGGGGAUGGAACAAAGAUGAACAGGGGGCUGCACAAGAGAUGCUUCAUUUCAGAGGACAGCACCAAAACACUGCUUAAUUAUUUAAGGGGAGUAGAAAAUGCAACGUCACACCCCCUGAGGACACCAAAGCAGUCUUUUUUUUUUUGCUGAUCUUAGCAUCUAGCAUAUUAUAUACUUUAAACAGCAGCAUAUCUGUUGUCAAGCAAGCCUGUGAGCCCAAUCCUGCCCUUCCAGUAGCAUGAUUCUCUCUUUCCAAGGACACCUCUCAUUUUAGAAUCAUUGCCUUUUAUUUUUUAUGUUUAGGACAAACAAUUUAUAGGAUGAAAUAUACCCUGUUUUUGUGUCUUGCAUUUCCUGGAGCACUGGAUCAGCUUUGGCUUGUUACUAAGAAACCUCGAGGUUUGCUUCCGAAGGUGAGAAGCUGUAUACUUCUCAUCUCUUCUAGAAACCAUUUCCGAUCUUGACUGCACAUAUUUCCUGAGUGCCGGAGUCCAAUCCACUGCCAACAGUGAGCCAAAAAUACCAAGCAAAGCUUUUAUCUGGCCCCUAGCUAUGACCGUUGCAACCGGAGAUCUGACAGAUGAAGCGUCGGCUUUGCCAGGUCACCCACAGGACAGUUAUGACCCUGAACCAGAUCAUGAGUGUUGCGAAAGAGUGGUUAUUAAUAUUUCAGGACUGCGGUUUGAAACGCAGCUGAAAACCUUGUCUCAGUUCCCUGAAACUUUACUCGGGGAUCCUAAAAAAAGGAUGAGAUACUUUGAUCCCUUGAGGAAUGAGUAUUUUUUUGACAGAAACAGGCCAAGUUUUGAUGCUAUCUUAUACUUUUACCAGUCUGGUGGCAGAUUAAGGAGACCUGUAAAUGUGCCCUUGGAUAUAUUUUCAGAAGAAAUCCGGUUCUAUGAACUUGGUGAAGAAGCCAUGGAAAUCUUCCGGGAAGAUGAAGGAUUUAUUAAAGAAGAAGAACGCCCUUUGCCAGACAAUGAAUUUCAAAAACAAGUGUGGCUCUUGUUUGAGUAUCCUGAGAGCUCGGGACCAGCCAGGAUUAUAGCUAUCAUAUCAGUUACGGUUAUAUUAAUAUCAAUUGUCAGCUUUUGCCUUGAAACUUUACCAGUUUUCAGAGAUGAAAAUGAAGACAUGCACGGAAGUGGAGGAAAUUACUACUCAUACCCCAAUAGCACAGUGCGAUUUCAAAAAUCAAAUACUUUUACAGAUCCUUUCUUCAUUGUGGAGACUCUGUGCAUCAUCUGGUUUUCUUUUGAGUUUCUGGUUCGUUUCCUCGCCUGCCCAAGUAAAGCUGUCUUUUUUACCAACCUCAUGAACAUCAUUGAUAUAGUUGCAAUCAUCCCUUACUUUAUUACAUUAGGCACGGAGCUGGCAGAAAAAACUGAAGAUGGGCAACAGGGCCAGCAAGCAAUGUCUUUAGCAAUUCUUAGAGUUAUCAGACUGGUUAGAGUAUUUAGGAUCUUUAAGCUCUCUAGACAUUCAAAGGGUCUACAAAUCUUGGGGCAGACUCUGAAAGCCAGCAUGAGGGAAUUGGGACUCCUAAUAUUUUUUCUCUUUAUUGGCGUUAUACUCUUUUCUAGUGCAGUGUUUUUUGCUGAAGCUGAUGAGAGAGAUUCUCAGUUUCCCAGCAUCCCAGAUGCCUUCUGGUGGGCUGUAGUUUCCAUGACAACAGUAGGCUAUGGAGACAUGGUCCCUACAACAAUAGGUGGCAAAAUAGUAGGCUCUCUGUGUGCAAUUGCAGGCGUAUUAACCAUUGCCUUACCUGUCCCUGUUAUAGUAUCCAACUUCAAUUACUUCUAUCAUAGAGAGACAGAGGGGGAGGAGCAAGCACAAUAUCUGCAAGUAACCAGCUGUCCAAAGAUCCCUUCAUCCCCUGACCUUCAAAAGAGCAGAAGUGCCUCCACUCUGAGUAAAUCGGACUACAUGGAAAUUCAGGAAGGGGUAAAUCAUAGCAAUGAAGAUUUUAGAGAGAAGAACUUAAAAACUGCAAAUUGCACAUUAGGAAACACAAAUUAUGUUAAUAUAACCAAAAUGCUAACUGAUGUUUAACUGACUUUUAUUUUCACCACAAAUGUGUCUGGGAGAGUUUCAGAGUUUGUGUAACGCAAUAAUAAGUCUUAUUUCUAGGUGUCUAGUUCUGCAUUGGAAGCAAUAUCUGUGUAAGUGACGUCACACUGCAUUCCUAACUCACAGAAUAUCUGUUGGCGGCAUUACUGCAGUUGCAUUGUUUCCCAAAGACGAGCACAUUAGAUGUAAUUUGAGGUCACAUUGUCAAAAACUCAUGCAGGUCAGUACUAAAAUGCCAAAGCUUGAGACCUCAUGAGGAAAAUAUUUUUUUGCACUUUAGAAACCUAAUGUACAAACCCAGGAAGUUACAUUUCAUGCUUUAAUGUUUAUUCCUUUGGAUACCAAUCCUUUAGGUCUUAAAUGAAUGCAAAUGCAAUGGUGACAUGUCCAGGAGAUACAUAAAUAUAUAUUUCCCCAAGGGGUUAAAUUGCUAUUUGCUAUUCUGAGUUUUCUCGAAUAACAUAUAUUUUUAUGGUGUUUGUAUAUUAAAAUGCUGAUAUUAUUUUUAAAGAAAGAAGGAAAGCUGCUUCACUGCCAUUGCAGUGUGUCUGUGCAGAAACGUGACACAAUGGCAAUCCUGAAAUCGUAUGUGCUUUAUCAUGCAUACUCAGUGUAUUCAAUACCACGUAUCUAAAUGCUUAAAGCUGGUCGGUCUGUAGCUAGGCCUGCCACAAUAUCCACAACCAGUCUUAAAUAAAAAGACAGGGUGAGUUUUGAUACAAGAAUGUAUGAAGAAUGUUGGUGGCACAUAAGUCUAAAUAGCCGAUAAUGGAUACAGCAACAGUUCAAUAAUUAAAACCAGAACUAAAUCAAGUGGAAGUGAAAAUGUUGGGUUGCACAUAUACGCCUUUCCUAUGUAAAAUAAGUAUAUGCAUGUUAUCGGUUCUGACAGUGAUUGUCUAGCAGGUGGAGAAUAUGCGUGUAAUCAUAAGGCGUCAUGAUCCCUAUCAGAUGGGAAAACUACUUUGACUCAUUCCAAUUAUAUUACUUGGGAGGGUUGUAUAUUAUAUCUUAAAAUCCAACGGAUCUCUAAUUCCGAUAGCUUUAGAGAUGUCCUGUUAGUAAUAUUGUUAUAUCUACUCGAUUGACAUUCCAUGUAUUAAGCAUUGCAUAUCAAUUAGGAAUGAUGCAUGAAUAUAUAUUGCAUGCAGGCAAACAUAGUUAACCACACUCUCUUGCACACACAUAUUUUUUUAGCAGAAAAAUUAUCAGCUAUCUGUGUCGCUUUGUCCACUUUUAUAUUAUUUAUACUCUUUAAAGAUAUUAUUUUGAGAAUUUUCCUUAUAGGAAUAAAUAGGUCAAAUCAGGAAAAGGGACACACUGAUUGUACAUUUUAAGAGACUAAAGCUAUUUCUGCGUAUAUUUUGCAGCAAGGAAUGUACAGGGUGUUUUAAAAUACAUUGAUAUAUAUAUAUAUAUAUAUAUAUAUAUAUAUAUAUAUAUAUAUAU